CUGGCCGAGCCAAGCGAUGGGCCGGGCUGGGACCGGGAGCCGGGGAGAGGCAGUGGCCGUAGCAGUGGCGGGGCCGGUGCUGCUGCUUCUGCUGCUCGCUCGGCCCCCGCCUGCUGCCGGCGACAGCAGGAAGAGUGAUGUGGCGCUUGUGUCUGAGCACUUCUCACAGGCCCCGCAGAGGCUGUCCUUCUACAGCUGGUAUGGCAGCGCCAGGCUCUUCCGCUUCCACGUGCCCUCGGACACCGUGCUGCUGCGCUGGCUACUGCAAGUUUCACAGGGCAGCGGCCCCACAUGCACUGAUGUGGAGAUCACCGUGUACUUCCGCUAUGGCGCUCCCCCAGUCAUCAACCCACUGGGCACCAGAUUCCCGGAUAAUACCUCAGUGCAGCCCUCCUUCCAUGUCAGCAUGCCCCUGAGCACCAUGUUGCUAAGCAACACCACUGUCAACGUCUCCCACCCAGCACCUGGGGACUGGUUUGUGGCUGCUCAUCUGCCCCCGUCAUCCCAGAAGAUCCAGGUGAAGGACUUUGUUCCCACCUGUGCCUACAUCUUCCAGCCUGACAUGCUGGUCAUACGUGUGGUCAAGAUCUCCAUCGUGGAACCUGAUAUGCCUCUUCCACAGACUCUCCUCUCCCACCCCAGCUACCUCAAGAUCUUUGUCCCUGAGUACACGCAAGAGCUACAAUUGGAGCUGCAGGGCUGUGCAUCCAAUGGGAGCCUGGGCUGUCCCGUGCGUCUCACUGUGGGCUCAGUCACCCUGCCUAACAACUUCCAGAAGGUGCUCACCUGCACCAGCCUCGCCUGGCCCUGCCGCUUGCUGCUGCCCUCACCGCCCUGGGACCGGUGGCUACAAGUGAUGGCUGAGAACCUGGCAGGGGCUCAUGAGGCAGUAGCUUUCAGUGCUGUAGCUGCCCUUACAGCUUGCAGGCCAUGGAGCAUGACCUUCUCCCACCUUCUGCAAAGCAGACAAAACCAGAGCUACAACACCUCCACUGGACAGCAGUCCCUGAGCCCCUGCCACCGGGACCUGGGCAGGAGCAGUGGGUGGGGCAGUGGCCCCUUCUGCCUCUUGAGCUACCCAAUCAUUCGAGAGGACAUGGAUGUGGUAUCUGUGCGCUUCCAGCCCCUGGACAGGAUAUUGGUGACAGUGCAUUUGGACACACCCUCCAUGAUGCAGCUCCGCCUCAACACAGGCAUGGACAGUGGGGGUUCCCUCACCAUCUCCCUGAGGACCAACAAGACAGAGAUUACAAACGACACCUUGGUGGUGGCCUGUGUGAAUGCUGCCUCACCCUUCCUCAGCUUCAACACCUCGCACAACUGUACCACAGCCUUCUUCCAGGGCUACCCCCUGUCUCUGAGUGCCUCAUCCCUCAGGGCCAACCUCAUCAUCCCCUACCCAGAGACAGACAACUGGUACCUCUCCCUGCAGCUGGUGUGCCUCAAGAGUCCACUGGGCUGUGAGGAGGCUGUAGUCCGUGUGGAGACCACCUUGCACCUGGUGCCCUGUUUGAAUGACUGUGGCCCCUAUGGCCAGUGCCUCCUGCUUCGCAGACAUAGUUACCUUUAUGCAGGAUGCAGCUGCAAGGCAGGCUGGCGUGGGUGGAGCUGUACUGACAACAGCACUGCCCAGACCGUGGCACAGCAGAGGGCAGCUGCACUGCUGCUGACACUCAGCAACCUCAUGUUCCUGGCUCCCAUUGCCAUCUGUGUACACCGCUUCUUCCUUGUGGAGGCCUCUGUCUAUGCGUACACCAUGUUCUUCUCCACGUUCUACCAUGCCUGUGACCAGCCAGGCAAAGCAGUGCUCUGCAUCCUCAACUAUGACACACUGCAGUACUGUGACUUCCUGGGCUCUGGGGUAUCCAUCUGGGUCACCAUCCUCUGCAUGGCACGGCUGAAGACUGUCCUGAAACAUGUUCUGUUUCUCCUGGGCACACUGGUCAUCGCUAUGUCCUUGCAGCUGGACCGCUGGGGGGCCUGGAACAUUAUAGGGCCCUGCCUCUUUGCCUUUGUGAUCAUGGCCUCUAUGUGGGUGUACCGCUGUGGGCACCGGCAUCAGUGCUACCCCAGUUCAUGGCAGCGCUGGGUCUUCUACCUCCUGCCUGGCAUCUCCAUGGCCACUGCAGGCAUCGCCAUCUACAUUUCCUUAAUGACCGCUGACAACUAUUACUACACCCACAGCAUCUGGCACAUGCUGUUGGCAGGGAGUGCGGCGUUACUGUUGCCACCACGGGAGAAGCACACAGAGCCCUGGACCUGCUGGCAGAGGCUCCCCUGCCACUAUCAGAUUUGCAGGAACGAUCGGGACGAGCUCUACACAGUGACAUGAUGCCAGCUCAGGAACCCCUGCUCUCUGCUGACCUCUUCAGCCAGGAGCAGGGUCAUGCAGAGGAUCCCUGUUCAGGACCCCUGUUCAGCCCCCUUCCAAUCGAUAUCCAGCUGAAUAAAAUUAGCCUUAGCACCCUC